CUGUGGAAAGUCACACCAAGAAGCAAGCUGUCCUGUUCGCCCGCUAUGGAUUGGUACUGUCCUGGUGUCUUUUUACCUUUGUACUGGAAAAGCAGCAAAUCUGGCAGUAUGGAGGAGGCGUUACAAAGAAAGUCAGCAGCGUCUGCGGAAUUCAGACGGGUUCCGAUUUCAACCCAAAGAAAGUCUGAAAGAGAAAGCCAGGGUGGAUUGCUGCGGUUUGCCGAUUGGCGGAAGUGUGCCACUUGAACGAGGGUGUCAAUGCUAUUCGAUCAGGGUGUCAAGACCCUAUCAUUUCGAAAUAGAGAGAUGCAAAAGACGACUUACUACGAUAAUUCCGGAGUAUUUGGUGGUUACUCUUACCAAAAAUCCAACACUUACAGCUAUAGCUCCAGUCACCAGACGUAUCCAACGUCAUCUGUUGAAAAUGAUUAUCAGAGCCCGGCUUGUCCCAUCCAAACACCCAGUAUCAGAGACCCAAACCAUAAACCCACCGAAAUAAAUGGCAGCUGCAUGCGAACAAGUGGCAGCCAGGCCCCUGCCCAGCCCCAAAGCAUCAAUGAGUCACAACAGCCACCGCCGUUACCACCCUCACCUAAUGCAAGUAACACCUCGUCACAGAAAAGAACGAAGUCCAUCCCAAAUUCCUCUGGCAGCCCGGCUGCUACUCUCACCAAACAAAUCUUCCCAUGGAUGAAAGAGUGUCGUCAAAACUCCAAGCAGAAAAACAACUGCACAGUUGCAGGUGAGAGUUGUGAGGAUAAGAGUCCUCCAGGCCCAGCCUCCAAGAGAGUCCGCACAGCUUAUACUAGUGCCCAGCUGGUGGAACUGGAAAAGGAAUUUCAUUUCAAUCGUUAUCUGUGUCGUCCUCGUCGAGUUGAAAUGGCGAAUUUGUUAAACCUGACCGAACGCCAGAUAAAGAUCUGGUUCCAGAACAGGAGAAUGAAAUACAAAAAGGAUCAGAAGGCCAAAGGGAUCAUGCACUCUCCUAUUGGACAGUCUCCAGACAGAAGUCCGCUUUUAAAUGCGCCAAAUAACAUUGGGUUUUCAAGCCAACUGCCCACUGUCAACAAUCUGAGUUACGACGCUCCUUCGCCAACAUCUUUCACCAAAUCCCAGCAAAAUGUGUACGGUUUGGCUGCUUACACAGCACCUCUCAAUAGCUGCUUAACCCAGCAGAAGAGGUACCCUGGCUCAGAGUAUGACCAUCACCCUAUGCAGAGUAAUGGUGGCUUUGCCAAUCCUAAUUUGCAGGGCAGCCCUGUGUAUGUUGGAGGGAACUUUGUUGAUUCCAUGUCAGCUGCUGGUCCGAUGUUCAACCUUAGCCAUCUUCCUCAUCCUUCAUCCGCCAGUGUGGACUACAGCUGCGCUGCUCAGAUACCAGGCAAUCACCACCAUGGACCUUGUGACCCCCACCCCACAUACACAGACCUGACUUCUCAUCACACAUCUCAGGGAAGAAUUCAAGAAGCGCCCAAACUAACUCAUCUGUAAUGGACACAGCACGGUUUGCCCAAGCGAUGUCACCUCGCUUUUUUAUUACCUCAUUUGUAUCAAGUAUUCUCCUGCUUUGAGACUGCCAGCAGCAUUUGUCAACCCACCCACCACUCAUUUCCUAUCCGUUACAUUGCUUUUCUGUGUUUGUUUAAGGGUCCUUAUGCCAGCUGUUGUGUUCCCCCCCCCCACUUUCGGUAUGGUCCUAGUGCAAAUGCAGAAAACAAAUAGAGGAACAAUUACUUGAAACCGGUGAUUAAGAAGGUAAGACAUAAUGAUGUCAGUGGGCUGCAAGCGCUUCUUCUUAAGAUGGAUUUGAAAGACUGUGAUUCCACACAUUCCACUUUGGUGAGAUUCUGCCUGUAAACUGGUUUUAUUACCCAAUAGCCCGAGCUCUGUACUUUUCAGUAAGAACGAACUGCAUUGAACGUCAAUGAUAUGUAUUUAUUAUUUUAACUCGAAACAAAAAAGAUUUUUCUAUCACUUAUUUAUCCUCGUCUUAAUGUAUUUAUGUGGAAAUUUAUAGAUCUUAUACAACCUGACUUUGACCUGUUUGAUCCAUGUCUGUUACAAUCAUAUUUCUCCUCUUUAGUAAACCUGGGUUUAAACUAGAUGAGAGGAUAGUUUCUUGAGCAAUUGUAUCAGUGGCUGAUGUUUGUAGUUUAUGUAAGGGUUAUUUCUGAAAGCAAACUUGUAAGUUAUGAUUGUAGUUAAUCAAAGAAAAUGUGACACUACACAAUAGACUAUACACAUUUCUAUAAGAAUACUUUAUUUCAAUUGUCUGGUUCUAUUUCGAAAGAUAUUUAGAAUAAAAAUCUGUUCUUUGAA